CCGGGGCGCUCCUCCAGAAAGCUGGCGCCCGUUAUGCCGUGCAGUGUUUAUUGGGGGCUGUGUACUUAUUAUUCGGGUCCUCAUGACACCCUGUCACAUUGAAGUCCGGCAUGGACGACGUCAUAGUAAUAAGCCUUUCGGAUGAGUCAGAAGAAGACGAGCAACUAUGGAAGAGAAAAAAAAGUCGCAGACAGAGGGGGAAGCGCCCUCGAAGCGCCUCACCUUCACAGGAUAUUAUCGAUCUGACUGGUAACUAUGUGUUUCCAUACGUGACAAGCUCUGAGAUCAUAAUAGACUUGACUGGGAAUGAUGAAGAUACCUCACAUGGCACACCACAGCAGCAGAUGACAUCUGAAAUAAAAUACGACAACCUGUCUCUGUCUGAAGGUGGAAGUUCAGAGCCUGAAAAUGAAGUGAUGUUCAGUUCCCCCAUGAAAGUUGAGACAUCUAGCAGCAAUGAGAUUGACACGGAUGACAAGUCAAGUGACAGUGUAUGCAGCAGCAUCUGCUCCAUGGAGAGUAUAACGGACCUCUGUCAGCCCGAUGGUCUUCCUGAAAGGACUGAUGCAGAUCUUCCCUCUAGAAACAAGGGGAAAUGUGCUUAUGUAAAUUCAUCACACUUGCAGGACUGGUCCCAUCAAGCCACUCACAAUCAAGAUGGUGUGCAUUCAGAUAUUGUCACUCAGGUCCAACAUAUAAGCAGCUCAACGCCAACUUCAAUUACAGCAAUGAAGGAAGAAUCUCCAUGCAGUCAGUCCACUCUACUCAACAGGUCACUCUUGUACAAACUUAGAUACUUCAAGAAGCCUCUGGUCGGUCAUAUGUUUCCUCAUACAUUAAGACAUGACAAGAAUUCUCCACCACUACCAAUUCCUUUAAGCCGUAUGAAUAUGAUAAACACCACAAAAGAUGAGAACUUCCAUCCGGGCACACUAUAUUUCCUGUCCGAGUUUGUGUCUGCAAGUCAGUACCCACCUAAAGAAAUUAUCAGCUACGUCAUCACCUCUGUUCUGCUGGGAGCAGAGGAACAACCAAUCCGACAAGAAGCUUACAUGAUCCUAAUGAAAGUUCAAAGACUACAUCCAGCUACUUCUGAGUCUGUGGCUUGGGAUUGGAAUCUGCUGUCAGAAGUGAUGUCAGGACAGACAGGUCUCCUAUUCCUCCAAUAUGUGGUACAGACCUUAGAUGAUGACUUCCACCUCUGCUUACAGCGGCGAACUUUACAUAAAUCUCUGUGUAAAUCAAUGCUGUCUUGUGACAAGAGUUUCUGUAAUGUCAAACAAGUCAUUGACUGGCUAAUAGAUGCUGUGAAACAGAUACCUGAAACUGGUCAGGAUUCCAUCUCUCAGUGUAACCUACAAAGGGUAAUUUUUCUUUUACAGCGUAUGCUCUCCAUAGCAGUUGAAGUGGAUCACUCUCCUACAAUGAACUCGAUCAGGAUAGCAGAUUACAUAUUUUCCUACAUGAGCAUCCUGAAAACAAGACCGCAAAGAGAGAUGUUUUUUAGCAGUACAGAAAAUAUUUUACUUCGAGCAAAGAUACUGGAGGUAAUAUUCAACCACAGCUGUAAAUCGCUGCCAGAGCUCCCGCUCUGUUUUGGUAAAAUAAUUCACUUCAUCAGCAAUUCUACACCGCAACUGAAGAAUCAGGGUCCAGAGUGGCAAAGAUGGGAUGAAAUGUUGCAUCAAUUAAUUGUGCUCUGCCUGAGUUUCCAAACCAUUAUAACAGGUCACUUACGAACCCCUGUUAUAGACCGUCCUGAUGAAAUUCUAAAGAAAACACCAAGUGUAUUACAUCUGUCUGAGGAUAUCACUGAAUCCGAGGUGGACCUUUCACUUGCCCUCCUUCAGCAGCGGAUGGCAGGAGCCGGAUCGGCCACAGCUCUUCUGAAUAGACUGUUUCUCUUGCGAUCUCUGCUACUUACAGCUGUUAGAAGGUAGAACUAGUCAAACAUAUUGGCCAUUAGUUGUCUCUCACCAAAACAGAGGUACUGUUCCUCUUUUUAAUGUAUUUUUAACAAAAGUUUUUUUUGUUUUUUUUAAUCUAAAGUGGCUGCAGGAUUCAGCGCUUUAGCUCAGCAUGUGUACAUGUAAAUAGGAUUUGCUUUGUAUAUAAUGAACUUUUUACAUGAAUCAUAUUUGUAAGGAUUGUUGUGUGCCAAGAGCAAGUUUUGUUGUUUUACUACAUGUAGAACUGCAGUGAGGAGGGCAAUAUCAGGCCUGCAUCUGGCUGGUGGACUAUAGUCACACAGCAGAAUUUAUGACAAACUCUUCCAUUCAGGUGAAUGGGGUUUAAGCACAUUGAUUUCUGCAAACCACCUUCAGAUCAAUGGGAAAGCUGCAGACUUUUCUGCAACAAAUCU